AUGGUAAAUGGUGCAGGCCUUGCCAUGGCCACCAUGGACAUGAUUAAAUUAAGCGGUGGUGAGCCCGCCAACUUCCUGGAUGUAGGUGGUACCGCCAAUGCACAAACGGUAGAAGCCGGUUUUAAGAUCAUCCUCAAAGACCCCGCUGUAAAAGCUAUUCUCAUUAACAUCUUUGGUGGUAUUGUUCGCUGUGACCGCGUUGCACAAGGUGUGAUCGAUGCUUAUAAAAACCUGGGCAAUAUUAAGAUCCCGAUUAUUGUACGUCUGCAGGGAACAAACGCGGAAGAAGCUAAAAAGCUUAUUGACGAAAGUGGUCUGAAAGUACAAUCUGCCAUUUUACUGAGUGAAGCAGCGGAUCUUGUGAAAAAAGCAGUCGCCUGA